UGGCGCCCCCGCCCCCGCUGUCAGUGGCCGCGCGACUGCGCGCUCCCUCCUCGAAGGCCGGCCGAGAGAGGGGCCGUGGAGGCUGCCCGAGCGGCCGCCGCCCUCCUGCCCCGGCCCCGGCCCCGGCCCCGAGCUCCACCAUGCUCCGCCGGAUCUUGCAGCGGACCCCAGGGAGAGUUGGCUCUCAAGGUUCUGAUUCUGAUUCAUCAGCAACACCUGGAAAUGCCUUGGAUGUCAACAGUGAAGGCUCUUCAGAGGGCUUCAUAUGUCCGCAGUGUAUGAAAUCUCAUGGAUCUGCUGAAGAGCUUUUCAAACAUUAUCAGGCAGUUCAUGACUCUGGUAAUGAACCAAGUCAUGGAGGAGAGGCUCUAAAACGAGAAGAUGUGAUACUACUUCGACAAGAGGUCCAAGACUUACAGGCUUCACUGAAGGAAGAAAAAUGGUACUCAGAAGAGUUGAAGAAAGAAUUAGAAAAAUUACAAGGGCAGCGGCAGCAAGAAUUCAAACCUGAUGGAUUGGCAGCAGAUUCUUCAGCAGAACUCCAGUCACUGGAACAACAAUUAGAUGAAGCCCAAACUGAAAACUUUAAUAUUAAACAAAUGAAAGACUUAUUUGAGCAGAAAGCAGCCCAGCUUGCUACAGAAGUUGCAGAUAUAAAGUCAAAAUAUGAUGAAGAAAAAGGGCUUCGAGAAGCUGCUGAACAGAAGGUGACAAGCUUGACAGAAGAGCUAAAGAAAGAGACGACUGUAAUUCAAGAUCUAAAGACUGAAUUGCUUCAAAGACCUGGUAUAGAAGAUGUUGCCGUAUUGAAGAAGGAGCUGGUUCAGGUUCAGACCUUAAUGGACAACAUGACUUUGGAGCGUGAGAAAGAGUCGGAGAAACUCAAAGAGGAGUGUAGAAAGCUACAAGCUGAUUGUGCUAACUCAGAGGUCACAAUAAGCCAGUUAAGAAGUGAACUUUCUAAAGGCCCCCAGGAAGUUGCCGUGUAUGUACAGGAGCUGCAGAAACUACAAAGUUCAGUUAACGAAUUAACUCAAAAAAAUCAGAAUUUGACCGAAAAGUUAUUGAAGAAAGAACAAGAUUACACUCAAUUAGAGGAGAAACAAAAUGAAGAGCAUGUUUGUAAAAAGAAUAUUCAAGCAAACCUUCAUCAGAAAGAACUUGAUUGUCAACAGCUUCAAUCAAAAUUAUCUUCAUCGGAAGCUUCACUGCAGAGGUUACAGGGAGAGCUUGUGGAAAAGGGGGAGGCGAGCCAGAAACUCAAGGAGGAAUUGUCAGAAAUCGAGAGCAAGUAUCAGCAUCUCAAGGUGGAGUUCAAACAACUCCAGCAGCAAAGAGAGGAGAAAGAGCAGCAUGGUUUUCAGCUUCAAAGUGAGAUUAAUCAAUUACACAGCAAACUUUUGGAGACGGAACGGCAGCUAGGUGAGGCCCAUGGCAGGCUUAAAGAACAGAGACAGCUCUCGAGUGAAAAAUUGAUGGAUAAAGAACAACAAGUGGCUGAUCUACAGUUAAAGCUUUCUCGUUUGGAAGAACAGUUGAAGGAAAAAGUAACCAAUUCCACUGAACUGCAGCAUCAGUUAGAUAAAACAAGGCAGCAGCAUCAAGAUCAGCAGGCCCUGCAGCAGAGCACAACAGCCAAGCUUCGGGAAGCCCAGAAUGAUUUGGAACAAGUAUUGCGUCAAAUUGGAGAUAAGGACCAAAAGAUCCAAAAUCUUGAAGCCUUGCUACAGAAGAGUAAGGAGAACAUUACAUUACUUGAAAAAGAGAGAGAAGAUCUUUAUGCAAAAAUUCAAGCUGGUGAGGGAGAGACUGCUGUUCUUAACCAAUUACAAGAGAAAAACCAUACAUUACAAGAGCAGGUAACUCAACUCACGGAGAAGCUGAAAAAUCAAUCGGAAAGCCACAAACAGGCUCAGGAGAAUUUGCAUGAGCAGGUGCAGGAGCAAAAGGCACACCUACGAGCCGCACAGGACCGAGUUCUUGCCCUAGAAGCCAACAUUAGUGAAGUGAACAGUCAGCUAAAUGAGAGUAAGGAGAAGGUCUCCCAACUUGACUUACAGAUUAAAGCAAAAACUGAAUUAUUGCUUUCUGCUGAAGCAGCGAAAACUGCUCAAAGAGCAGAUCUUCAGAAUCACUUGGACACAGCUCAGAAUGCAUUGCAAGACAAGCAACAGGAGUUCAAUAAAAUCAGCAAUCAGUUGGAUGAAGUAACUGCCCAGCUCCAUGAUAAGCAAGAGCACUGCACUCAGCUGGAAGCCUUCAUUAAGGAAUUCAAAGAGAAGCAGCUGUCUUAUGAACAGAGAGCUGAAGAACUAGAGGGACAAGUAAAGAAACUGGAGGCUGAUAUUCUUGAAGCUAAAGCAAGUAAGGAACAGAUUUUACAUGAUCUACAAGAGCAAAGGCAACAGAAUGCUGAGCUAAAUCUCCGAGCUGCAGAGCUGAGUCAACAGCUGGAAGCUGAGAGAGAAGUCGUCUCUAAUGCCCAUUUGGAUCUACGGAAAAAAUCUGAUGCCCUUGAACAUGCAACACAGGUGCUUUCCAAACAUGAGAAAGAAAAAACUGACCUUAAGCAAGAGCUUCAGAAAUUACAUCAAGAUGCAGAGAGUCAACGUAAGGAAUUGGAUGGCAAGAUGCAAGCAGCAGUGACAGAUUUACAGCAAGUGAAGGUGGAGAGAGACCGUCUAGUAAAGGAACUUUCUACAACCAAAGACAAAUUAGCGAAAACCUCAGAGUCUUUGAAAGACUCAAAGAAUGAAUUAGAAAAGGAAAAGCAGAGUGGAAAAACAGCUUCAGCAGAAUUGGAAAAAAUUUGCAAGGAACUGAAACAUCAAGUACAGACUGAAUGUGCCAUUAAGGAAAAGAAGGAAUCGAAGAAGUUACUUGAAAAGGAGAAGGAGGCUACUCAGCAGUUGAAGUUGCACCCCAGUUCUGCAAAGGAACAAGUCUUACAUGUCCAGAAUGAUUCAAAAGAGAAGGAAAAAGAGGAACAGCAACUUCAUGGGAAACUAAAUUCACUAAAGCAGUUACUUGAGCAGAGGAAGAAGCAGACUGAAGACCUUCAAGAAGAAAUAAAAACUACACUUUCCCAGAAGACAGAGCUUGAGAAUAAACUACAGCAGCAGAUAAUGCUGUCAUCCCAGGACCUUGCAGCCGAGAGAGACAAACUUUCAGUGUUACAGAACACUUAUGAAAAGAGUCAGGAAAACCUUAAACAGCUUCAGUCUGACUUCUACGGGAAAGAAUCUGAGCUGCUGGCAACAAGACAGGAUCUCAAGUCUGUAGAAGAAAAGCUGUCUCUGGCUCAGGAGGACUUGAUUUCAAACCGAAACCAACUUGGAAACCAGAAUAAAAUGAUUCAAGAACUUAAGACUGCCAAGGCCUCUUUGGAGCAAGACGUGUCCAGAAAAGAGCAGCAGUUGCAAGAGCAGAGCAAAACACUACAGUCUAUGCAAAAAGACAAGUCACUGAAAGAAAAAGAACUAGCUAAUGAAAAGUCCAAACUGAUGGAACUACAAGAAGUUAAGGGUAGGCAGGAAAAAGAAAUUUCCAAAUUGAGUGAAGAACUUGGGUCCUGCAAACAAGAAAGCCUGAAGGAAAUAACAAAUCUAAAGGAUGCCAAGCAGUUAUUGAUUCAGCAGAAACUGGACCUUCAGGGCAAAUUAGAUGCCCUGGAGUCAGCUCUUGAACAGGAAAAGAAGAACCAACAAGAAGUGAAAGAUCAGUUGAAAAAGACUGAAGAUGAUCUGAAGAAAGAAUUCACUGAGAAGGAAGCCAAAUUGCAUGCAGAAAUAAAAGAAAAGGAAGAGAAAAUUAGGAAACAUGAAGAGAAUGAGACAAGGCUUGCCAUGCAAGUGACAGCUUUGAAUGAGAAUUUGGGCACAGUAAAGAAAGAAUGGCAGGCCAGCCAACGGAGAGUUAGUGAACUAGAGAAGCAGAUAGAUGACUUACGGGGCGAAAUUGCAGUAUUGGAAGCAACUAUCCAAAAUAAUCAAGAUGAAAGGAGAGCAUUGUUGGAAAGGUGUCUCAAAAGUGAGGGGGAAAUAGAGAAGCUUCAAGCCAAAGUACUAGAAUUGCAGAGAAAACUGGACAAUACAACUGCAGCGGUGCAGGAAUUAGGCCGAGAAAACCAGUCGUUACAGAUCAAACAUACACAAGCUUUAAAUAGAAAAUGGGCUGAAGAUAAUGAGGUACAGAACUGCAUGGCCUGUGGGAAAGGCUUUUCAGUCACAGUGAGACGGCAUCAUUGUAGACAGUGUGGAAAUAUCUUUUGUGCUGAAUGUUCAGCCAAAAAUGCCUUAACUCCUUCUUCGAAGAAGCCUGUUCGUGUCUGUGAUGCGUGUUUCAAUGACUUACAAGGAUAACUAGUUAUCAUGUUCAUCAAACAAGAUUACACUAAUGUUAGAGUUUUAAUAAAUGCACUUCCUAGAGUACUUGGACUACUCUUUGAUUUGGACAGUGGUUGUAAUACUUGGCAAAAUUGGUAUAUUUUGAAAUGUUUAUUAAUAUCAAGUAAAACUCUUCUAUUUUUGUGAGACUUGGGCUCAUCACCUGUUGCUUUCUUUCCACUUACCCUGAAAACAGCUUUCAUGCCUAGUUUAGAAUUAUCUAGUUAAAUGUAAAUAAAUUUUGAACAGAGAAUAUCAAUGUAUUUUUUUAAAACAUAAUUUCAUUGCUCACAAACAUUUAUGUAAUCUCACAGCUUCUUUUCUACUUUCUCCAAAAGCUAAUUUACAGAAAUGUACAAGGAUUCAAUAUAGCAAAUGUUUGUUUUUGUUGCACGUUAACAUCCUCCUGUGUUUGUAGGCAUUAAACGUCUUCUCUACAAAAUCAUGCACAGCACCAUAAAACUUGCCAACACCCUUUUACUCUUGUAUCAUUUGUACCAUAGCCCAGUUGCACCAUUUUGAUGUUGUAAGAAUGUUGCUUGGGUAUUUUAAAUACACUGUAUGUUAAGAAAAUUCUUUGCCACAAAUUCAAGGCUGGUUUUUGUUUUAUCCUGAUUCACUUCUAUUAUGCUCAUUUCAUAGACUUCUGUGAAACCAAUUGCUUAUUUUGUAAUAGUUUGUGUCCUUGGGGAAAUAUUUGAAAAGUUGAGUAUUUUUUUUUGUCUAAAACAUAUUUUUGUCUCUUUUUCCUCUUUGUAUUUCUUAGCUCUUCUUCUCCCCUAUCUGCCCUCUCCCUAAAUAAGAAUCUCACAAUCAUCUGUCACUAAUUGUUGAAGAGAAUAUAUGAUAUUUUCAUACUACAUUGCGUUUACUUUCACUUUGGUCUUCUGAGAAUAGCCACUUCAUGUAACUUUGCCCUUGUUAUGUUUCCCUUAAGGAAUAGGAAAUUCUCGAUUCUUUAAUGGUUCAGCUUUUCUAAAAAUAUAUUAUUUCAUAUAAUCACCCAAAACUAUAAAUUAGGCAUAUGUCUAACUGAUUCGUGACUUUGCAUCUUAAAACUGGUAAUUGAUAUUGUUAGCCUAUUUAUUGAAAAAUAAGUCAACUGAUUAAGUGGUAAGGAAAUUUUCAAUUAUUUCCUAUUUUCUUCAUGUGAAUUAGUGGAAAAUUUUGGAAGUGACAAAAUACCAACAAAUUUGGAUCCAGAAUUUAGUUCUCCAAUUGAUCCGAGAAAUCUUUUAUGCUUUAUGGCUAUCUUGGAGAGAGAUAUUAUUGCCCCGAAUAAGUACUUCAGAAAGUCCCAAAAUUUAUAACCCGAGCUGAAAUAGGAAGCAGCAGAGGGUAUAGUGGAGAGGAUGCUCAGCUGCCGUAGAUACUGGGGUUCGAGCUCAGCUCAGCCCCUGGACGGUCUACUAGGUGAGCUCACGCAAGUUAUUUAGCCUCUCUGGGCUUCUGUGACUUUACCAGUAAAAUAAAAAGGAGGAACUAGAUGAUCUUGCUGAUUUUAAGAUUGAUCCAUGCCUAGAAGAAGUACUUUGGAGACUGACAAUGGACAAUUUAUUAUAUUAUUUUAAUGAGUUUGGAAAUUAUGGAAUUUCCAAAGUAAGUUGAAGUUAGCCUCAGUUACUGACAUUUUCUAGAAAAGGAAAUGAGCACAGUGGGUGGAGUGCCAGACUUGAAACCAUAAAGACCUGAGUUCAGAUUUCACCCCGACAUUUAGUGGCUGUGUGACCCUGGGCAAAUCACCCUCUUGUGGCUGCGGUUUCUCAUAAAAUGAGGGGCUUAGACUCAGUGGUUUCUAAGGUCCCUUCCAGCUCUAAAUCUAUGAACCUAUAAUAUGUAGCAAUCAGAAAAAAGGUAAAUUAUUGAUAACUAGGAUGAGUUAGAACUAAGCAGUUUUUCUUUUGUGGUCAAUAUUUUCUAGGAUUGUUUUCAAAUAUCAUGCCAUCAAUGAUGUUACAUAUAUCUGAAGUAUACACUAUAAAGGAGUCUAUUUUUGUGCAGUUGUUACUGGAAUCAUGCAUGUAAAUCCUUUGGUCAGUAGUACUUAAAUAUAUUGAAUAAGCCCCUGAAAAGGAGACAAGCAUAAGCACUUGGGCAGGGAUGACAAAAUGAAUUGCUUAUCGUGAAAGAGAGAUUGAUUAGAGAACUGUGUACUCUGAAGAGUUAAAAUUAUAACAGACCCUUUUUAUUUUGAAAAUUUCCCAGAUAGUUUUACUUUGGAUCUCUAUGACCAAUACACACAGUGACGUUGGUUUAUAGUGUUUAAGGCAAACGGAAGCACACAGUAUCUCUGUUAGCAUAGUUUUUAGAACAAUAAAUAUCAUGAAAAUUCCUCAGGAUUAGAUUCUUGGUUUCCUUCCUCCCUUGCUGUGGGAUGCACUGAAUCUCUCUUCCCUCUUCACAGGAAAAGUCAUAUGGAGACUAUUAAAGAAAUACUGUUAUGUCUUUAAUCUGACUGCUUUUCUCGUUUCCAUCAAUGUCCUAAGAUCCUCCGUGCUUUCUCCGAGCUAGUGAUGCUGAAGUUGUUACCACUGCCACAUAGCUUUCUGUUCUUAAUUCAUGAACCUAAGUUGUUUUGGAAACAAAAGGACAUUUUCCCUUUAAAAAAAAUGAAAAUAUGUUCCUAGGCUGCAUAUUUCAAAUGCGGCUGCUAGGCUCCAUUCUUGUGUCUGUGAGUUAGAACUGGCAGGUCCAGAUCUGUGACUUGGCCCUAAUGCAAAGCAGGCUGGAAAAUUUCAAAUCCAGACACAGAAGAGAUAUUAAAAAAAAAAAAA